AUGGGCAAUAGUGCGGGGCUAGAGCUGCGCCUGAAGCGCGCCGACCUGGGCAGCGACAGCUGGCAGCUGCAGCCGGAGCUGGUCGGCGAUGGCUUUGCCUUCCGCGCCCGCUGGGAGGAGCUGUGCGUGGCCGCGCCCAGCUCCUUGGUGCGGAUCUGGCGCGGGGAUCAGGUCCUGGCGGAGGCCAGGCUUCCGGAGGGGGCGGGGCCAAGCUUCGCGAAGAUGCGGCUGCCGUUGAAGCCGGGGCCUGGCGUGCUGGAGGUGGACGUGCGAGAGGCGAGCGCAGGGGCUGCGCCUGGGGUGCGCAAAACAGAGGAAGGCAGCUUCCACUUUCAGAUGCCCACGGCGCGGCGCCAAGCAAUCCAGCUGGAGCUUCAGAAUGCUGAGCUCCAAAAGCUCCUCAAGACAGGUCAGGCGCGGCCGCUGCGAUGUCAGCAGAUCCUGGAGCGUGCGUAUGCCGAGAACGCCGAGUUGCUGCAGCGGAAGCAGGCCAUGUGCCGAAGGCUCGCGCGAACGCAGCGCCUGGUGGUGCCAGAGGCGCAGAGUUUGCGGCGCCAGCUGGAGCUUGCCCAAGCCAGGCAACAGGAGCUUCGCCGAGAUGCGGAGGAGAGGAUUGCCGCACUCCAGGCACAGAUCCAGGACGAACAGCAAGGGAUGACGGAGGCGGAGGCAUCCGCCCUGCUGGCCGUGGCUCUGGGCCGCCGGGAGGAGUUGCAGCGGAAGCUGAAGGAGAGCAAUACCGUGCAGGCAGUUCCACGUUCUGCCAGUGCUGCAAGCCCCAGCACGGAGGCGUUGCCCGGUGACGCUUUUGCGCUGCAGCAAGUGGCGAAGCAGCAGCAGCAGCUAGAGAUGGAACACUUGCGCCAGGAGUUUGCGCAGCUGUCCCAAAGCAGCAACUUCAAGUCCUGGGAGCGACACGAAGAGCUCACCAAGGAAGUUGCCAGCUUAUGCGAGAAGCUUGAGGAGCUGCGGCGGGGGUAUCAAGAUGACCAGGUCUGUGGGGAGAGCGAGGUGCAAGAGCUGCGAAGGGCCCGGGAUGCCUUGAAGGACCGCCUGGACGAUGGCCAGGCGACCUUGCGGCAGCUGUCCCAGCGGGCCGCGGCGCUGCGGGCGGUAGCUCCCAAGGAGGAGAGCAGCUGGCAGUCGCAACAGCGCAAGAGGGCAGAGGAGGAGCUGGCAGAAUUGAAACGAAUGGAGGAGGUGAGGCUGCAGCAAAUCAAAGAUCUGGAGUUGGACCAGGAGCGGCUUGUGGAGCAGACCACCUUGGCCACAGUCUCCCCGGAGCCUGGGAAGCUGGAGGAGCUGGAGAAGCAGAUCGUGGCUCUCCAGGCCUCGGUGUCGCGGCGCCGCCUGGCCACGGAGAACGCCGCCGAGGAGGCGGCGAACUUGCGGGCGCAGAUCGGGCGCCUGCAGCAGCGGCAUUUGCAGCUGGUCUCCCAAUCGGAUGAGCGGCUUCUUCGAAGCCCGCAGCCCCAAGCAGCCUCGUGA